AUGAGGCGAGGAGUGCGGCCGUCACAGACGCCUACUGACCCCCAGGAGAACCUGCCAGAUCUAACCACGUGGUGCCAGUCUCACCGACCUCCUGUCGCGGGGACGUUCCUGACAGCAGUGUGCUGUGUCCGCGUACCCGUGCUGUGUCCGUGUCCUGUGCCCGUCUCGCAGUUGGCCGAUUACAGACAGGUGGGCGUGGCCUCAUGUCUAUAUAAGAGUCUGCUCUCGCGCCGCCUGCCAUUUGCCGCCAUGGCUCUGCGCAGUGUGUACGAGUUCUCGGCCCGGCUCCUGUCCGGGGAGCUCGUGUCUCUCGCCCGGUACCGGGGGCAGGUGCUGCUCAUCGAGAACGUGGCGUCUCUCUGAGGCACGACCGUCCGGGACUACACGCAGAUGAACGGGCUGCAGUCGGAGUACGGCGCCCGCGGCCUGCAGGUCCUGGGCUUCCCCUGCAACCAGUUCGGGCACCAGGAGAACACCAGUAACCAGGAGGUCCUGAACGUGUUGCGGUUCGUGCGCCCGGGGGGCGGUUUUGAGCCGAACUUCGCGCUGUUUGAGAAGUGCGAUGUGAACGGGGAGAAGGAGCACCCCCUCUUCACCUUCCUGAAGGCGCAGCUCCCGCACCCCAGUGAUGACCCCGUGUCUCUUAUGGGCGACCCCAAGAGCAUCAUCUGGUCGCCGGUGCGGCGGAACGACAUCUCCUGGAACUUCGAGAAAUUCCUGAUCGCGCCGGACGGCGUCCCAUACAAGAGGUACGGUCGGCGCUUUGAGACGGCCAACAUCCGGGCGGAUAUUGAGGCGCUGCUGCCGGGCGUGCACCUGGACGAUCGGAUGUAGGAGUCCCGACCCUUCAGCCGUUGCUGCCGCCGCCGCCGCGCCGUUACCGAUGACGCUGCUUCUCGAAAUCUACAGAGUUGGAGCCGAUAGACUUGAGGCGGUCGGUGGGGGGGUAGAUAAUGGCGGAGGUUGUGGGCGAAGCAACAUUUCAAUAAAGUGAUUUCAAGA